CUUGCCUCUCUCUCUCUCUCGCUGGUCCCGCGCCAGGAGGAGGAGAGGGAAAGAAGGAUACAAAGCAUCUCCACUCCCAAAAAGUCGUCUCCAUCUCUCUCAGCGGACGAAGACAAAAACCACGCCCAUUUUAAAUUGACCAUCCGUAGCCAUGAUCUCCCUUAGGGCAAGCCAUUUCCUGAGGUGCGAAGAGAGAGGCCGCUUGUAUCGCUCGCAGCAGGGGAGCUCGGCGGUGGGAGUGGUGGUUCGGUGCUGCGUAAGAGGAGGAACGGACGGGAAGGUGAGAGGAGUGGCGAUGGAGAGCACGCUGAAGGAGAUCAGAGGGGACAAGCCGUCGGUGCUCGAUAUGGAUCCCAAGUCCACCGUCGGCGGCGGCGUUGAGGACGUCUACGGGGAGGAUCGGGCCACUGAGGAGCAGCUCGUUACCCCCUGGACCCUAUCUGUCGCGAGUGGUUACUCUUUGUUGAGGGAUCCGCACCACAACAAAGGGCUUGCCUUUGCUGAAAAGGAGAGAGAUGCCCACUACCUGCGAGGCCUCUUGCCUCCAGCAUGCAUCACUCAGGAGCUUCAGGAGAAGAAGAUCAUGCACAAUCUCCGCCAGUAUCAAGUACCCCUGCAGCGUUAUAUGGCGUUGAUGGAUCUUCAAGAGAGAAAUGAGAGGUUGUUUUACAAGCUUCUCAUAGACAAUGUUGAGGAGUUGCUUCCGAUUGUUUACACACCAACAGUUGGAGAGGCUUGCCAAAAGUACGGAUGCAUCUUUAGGCAUCCACAGGGUCUUUACAUCAGUUUGAAGGAGAAGGGGAAGAUCCUUGAGGUGCUAAAAAACUGGCCAGAGAGGAGCAUUCAGGUUAUUGUGGUCACCGAUGGUGAGCGUAUUUUGGGGCUUGGAGAUCUUGGUUGCCAGGGAAUGGGAAUUCCUGUAGGCAAGCUUUCCCUGUAUACGGCCCUUGGAGGAGUUCGCCCAUCCUCAUGCUUACCCAUCACAAUAGAUGUGGGCACAAACAAUGAGCAGUUGCUGAAGGAUGAAUUCUAUAUAGGGUUAAGGCAAAGGAGAGCAACUGGCCAGGAAUAUGCUGAAUUUCUGCACGAGUUCAUGUGUGCUGUUAAACAGAACUAUGGGGAAAAAGUCCUCAUUCAGUUUGAAGACUUUGCCAACCACAAUGCAUUUGAACUGCUUGCAAAAUAUGGCACUACUCAUCUUGUUUUCAAUGAUGAUAUUCAGGGGACAGCUUCUGUUGUCCUUGCUGGGCUUGUAGCAGCUCUGAAGCUGGUUGGUGGAACUUUAGCAGAGCACACUUUCUUGUUCCUUGGUGCUGGGGAGGCUGGUACUGGUAUUGCUGAACUCAUAGCUCUUGAAAUGUCAAAACAGACAAAAGCUCCAUUGGAAGAGACUCGGAAGAAGAUUUGGCUUGUGGAUUCUAAGGGAUUAAUUGUGAGGUCACGCAAGGAAUCUCUUCAACACUUCAAGAAACCUUGGGCACAUGAGCAUGAACCUGUUGGUAACCUCUUGGAUGCUGUCAAGGCUAUCAAGCCCACUGUUUUGAUAGGAUCAUCAGGAGUGGGGAAAACUUUUACGAAGGAAGUAGUUGAAGCCAUGACCUCCUUUAAUGAGAAGCCACUAAUUCUCGCCCUGUCAAAUCCAACCUCUCAAUCUGAAUGCACUGCUGAGGAAGCAUACAGAUGGAGUAAGGGCCGAGCAAUAUUUGCUAGUGGAAGUCCAUUUGAUCCCGUUGAGUUCAAUGGCAAGGUUUUUGUGCCAGGCCAGGCCAACAAUGCAUAUAUUUUUCCCGGACUUGGUCUUGGUUUGGUGAUCUCAGGUGCUAUACGUGUGCAUGAUGACAUGCUCCUCGCAGCUUCCGAAGCUCUGGCCCAGCAGGUGACACAGGAGAACUUGGAUAAAGGACUGAUCUACCCACCCUUCUCAAAUAUUAGAAAGAUAUCUGCUCAUAUUGCUGCUAACGUUGCUGCUACAGCAUAUGAGCUUGGUUUGGCAACACGGCUCCCUCGUCCGCAGAACCUGGUAAAAUAUGCAGAGAGCUGCAUGUACAGCCCCAUCUACCGCAAUUAUAGAUAAAUGGGGCAUCUGAUUUUGUAGUACUUAAAAGAGUUAUGGAGUGAUGCCCGCGUGGUAGUGUGGCUGCUUCUCAAUGUGUUUCAAAACAUUUGUCAGCGUAAUUCUGUAAUGUUGUAUUAAGUAGUUUUUGAUGUGAAGUAUGAAUUUUCUUUCUUAAGGUUAUCAACGCUAGCAAUUUCACGCACAAA